AAUAAAUAUAAACAUUACACACGUAAUGAAAACGACAAUAACAGAGGCCAAAACGACACUUCCAGUCUGAACUUCACGCAUUGUGCAAUUCCCCUCCCAAAAUUCCCCUUUCUCUCCGAUUCCUCAAUUUUCCUUCCAACGAUUCCUUCUCAGUUUCCGUUGGUUCCAGAAUCCAGAUCUGAAAGAACGUGAUUCGUUGUUUGCGUUUGGGGUUAAACGCAACAACCUUGAUUUGGGUUUUGAAAACCGUUUUUAAGGCAAUUGGGGUCUUGAAUUUUGAUUAAUUUUAUGUAAUGAAGAGUGUCGCGGCUUUGAUUAUUGAUUUAUGUAACUGGGUUGAUGUGAGUGGAAAAAGUUUAAGUUUUUAGAAUUGGGUUUUUGAAUUUUUUAUUUUGAUUUGGGAAUUUAGGGAUUAGGUUUAGUUUGUGAGGGUUUUUUGUUUUGUUUUGGGUAGGAGUCAUGUUCUAUGGUGCAGUGGUAUGGGAUCCUUGGCUUAUUGUUGCUCAAAUUGUUUGUCUUCAAUGUAUGUAUUAUAUCACCCUUGGAUUGCUGUUAACCGUUUUUGUUGGCACUCGUGUUUCUCGAUUGAGCCUUGUGUAUUUCUUUGACUAUGUUACCGUUUCUACCUCUACCGUUACUGGUUGGUGUGUUGCUGCUUCGUUUCUGCUCAGCUCAGCUGCAGGGGCUGUGUAUAUGCUUUAUUUGAUUGAACGAUCAAAGAAGUGCUUGGAUUUUUCAGCCACUCUCUAUAUCAUCCAUCUUUUCAUAUGUAUUGUGUAUGGUGGCUGGCCCUCUUCUAUUACAUGGUGGAUUGUGAAUGGCACUGGAAUUGCUGUAAUGGCUUUGCUAGGUGAAUAUCUGUGUAUGAAACGUGAACUCCAGGAGAUAAAAAUACCACGAUAUCGUUCAAAUGUUUGAUUGACAGAGAGAAGUACCUCGAGUCUUGAAUUUGAGAAAGGAGUUGUACUGCAGUAUGAUAACAUCUUUUACUUCUAUAUAUCGGAUGAUCUCGAAGAUAAAGCCCAUGUAGCGCAUAGUUGUUCUAUUAUGCCAUUGAAAGAGCUUCAUUUACUUUUCUAUUCUUUAGCUGCAAUAGAGUUUAAACAUAGAUAACAAGACAGAGAUUAGGUACAUAAUUUCCAGGAAGUUCCGAAAGUGUUAUGUAGGUUAUUCUCAUUCUAUUUUGUUUUUUGUCUCCUAUAGCGAUGUCGGUUAAAGUUGAUUGAGCUUCUAUUCUUUUUACCCUCUUUGUGAGUUCAGUUAUUGGAUCUAUUUGAUUUCUUGGAAAUAUAUAUUAGUUUUGUGCCAUUACUGAUUUACUACUGUUAAAAGGGUUGUUGUAUCAGAUUGGAUAAUGAAUCUCAAUAAAAUUUGCAUUUUAA